AUGUCGGACGCUAGGGGCACCGGCAGCUUCGACGACAGGCACAUCGCGAACCACCAUGAAAAGUCUCUAGGUCCAGAGCGCCGGCGCUCGUCUAUUGCGGAUCUCAACAGAGGCAAGAACUUAGAUGCGAAGAUCUCCAAUCCUCUCGCUGAUAUCCCUCGGGAAGAGUUGUUGGCCGAGGUUGGAGAUUUUGCAAACCGUGCCGGUCUGGCUUCUGAAAUCGAGCUGAUUAAGAAGGGCGCCUUAGUCGCGCAGAACCCUGGUCACUUUGAGAGUUUUACAUUCCUUAGUGAAGAAGAGAAGGACGCUCUCCGCACGGAGGUUUCGAGAAAAUGGAAACAUCCUUGGAAGCUCUACAUGACCGUCAUUGUCUGUUCUAUCGGUGCCGCAGUCCAAGGCUGGGACCAGACUGGAACUAACGGGGCCAAUCUAUCGUUCCCGGAAGCCUUUGGUCUUGAUACACCAGAGGGCCAGCCCGGCUACGAGAGAGACUUCUGGAUCAUUGGGCUUGUCAAUUCGGCACCUUACAUAGGCAGUGCCUUCCUAGGCUGCUGGCUCUCUGAUCCUUGCAACUUCUACUUAGGCCGACGAGGCACCAUCUUCACCUCUGCUAUCUUUCUGAUUGCAACGCCCAUUGGUGGUGCGUUUUGCAAAACCUGGGAACAGCUGCUUGCCACACGUGUUUUAAUGGGCAUCGGCAUGGGUCUGAAAGGCGCCACCACCCCGGUAUUCGCCGCUGAAAACUCGCCGGCCGCAAUUCGAGGCGCCCUUGUGAUGACCUGGCAAUUUUGGACCGCUUUUGGAAUAUUUCUGGGCACCGCCUUUAACUUGGCUGUUUGGAAUGCCGGCGACAUUGGCUGGCGUCUUCAGCUCGGCUCAGCCUUCAUUCCUGCCAUUCCUCUUGCUGCCAUGGUGUUUCUCUGCCCAGAGAGUCCGAGAUGGUAUAUCAAACACGGUAAACCUGGUAAAGCAUAUCAAUCUCUACUCAAGCUUCGGAAUCAUCCUCUCCUCGCCGCAAGAGAUUUAUAUUAUAUCAGUACACAGAUCGAGAUUGAGCACGACAUUGUCGGCGAGUCUACAUACGUCUCACGAUUCAUGCAGCUGUUCACCAUGCCUCGCGUCCGUCGCGCUACCUUGGCUUCCUUCACAGUCAUGAUCGCACAACAAAUGUGUGGCAUCAACAUCAUGGCAUUCUACUCGUCGACCAUCUUCCGUGAGGGUGGAGCGUCUGACUUCGAGGCGCUGUUGGGUUCAUUCGGCUUUGGAGCGGUCAACUUCCUCUUCGCCAUUCCAGCAUUUCUCACGAUUGACACCUUCGGUCGACGUGCUCUGUUGUUGUUCACGUUCCCGAACAUGGCCUGGACGCUCCUUGCCGCAGGGUUUGCCUUCUACAUUCCGCGAUCGAGCAGUGCUCAUCUGGGCGUCAUCGCACUCUUCGUGUACCUCUUCGCUGCUUUCUACUCACCUGGCGAAGGUCCAGUGCCAUUCACGUACUCGGCCGAGGUUUUCCCUCUCUCUCACCGUGAGGUCGGCAUGGGAUGGGCGGUUGCCACCUGUCUAUUCUGGGCCGCGGUCUUGGGCUUGACAUUUCCAAAGAUCCUGAGCAGUUUUGGCGCCACGGGCGCGUUCGGCUUCUUUGCCGGCUUGAAUAUGCUGGCUCUGAUCAUGAUCUUCUUCUGGGUUCCUGAGACGAAGCAACGCACCCUCGAAGAACUCGACUACAUCUUCGCCGUCCCGACGCGCAGAUUCAUGUCUUACCAGACAGGCACAUGGUUACCGUGGUUCAUCAAACGCUAUAUCUUCUGGCAGAAGUCCGCUGAGUUGAAGCCGUUGUACACGUUCGAGAGGGGCAUCGUCAGGGACAUCCGAGAGCAAAGGCGCGCGCAAGAAGCGGAGAGGGCUGCGAGUAUUUCGAGGGAAGAAGCUAAGACUGUGUGA